AUUUGUGUGGUUAGGAAACUUCAGUUGGGUGUCUCCGCCAUGGCUUUUUGGGGCAAGCUCCUGCUUCUCACUGCAUUUCUAGUUGUCAUUUACACGACAGAUGCCUCCAAGCACAAAGUCACCCGCAUCCAAUUCUACAUGCACGACAUCGUCGGCGGCCCCAAUCCCACCUCCGUCCGAGUAGCCGGCCGGUCCAACUUCACCGGCCAAGACCCAAUUGCGGCCUCUUUCGGUUCCGUUUAUGUUAUGGACAACCCACUUACCGUCACACCCAACCCAAACUCCACCGUCAUCGGCCGCGCACAAGGUAUCUACGCCAUGUCAUCCCAGCAGAACGAGUUCAGCCUUCUCAUGACCCUCACCUACUCAUUCACUAGCGGCCCUCACAACGGCAGCUCCUUCAGCGUCCUGGGUCGGAACCCAAUAAUGAAUAACGUCAGAGAAAUGCCGGUAGUCGGCGGUACCGGCCUUUUCCGGCUGGCUCGUGGGUAUUGCCUUGCCCAAACCCACUCAAUGGACCAAAUGGAUGCCGUGAUCGGAUACAACGUUACCUUGCUGCUCUACUGAAUCAAAACCCAUUACGGCCAUCCGAUUUCUGUACCAAAAAAUCAAUCUCUCCAAUUCAUGUAUUUGUACACGUGAUUGAUUGUUCUUCAAACUUACUAUUUUAGUAAAACAGACAGAGGAAUAAAAAAGUUGGGAGCUU